AUGUGUAUGGGGUCGAAUGACGAAGUCUCUUGCAAAACCGGCCAAUUCGGAAAGUUGCACUUUUGGCUGGGACAUGACGUGGCUUUACCUCUCUUUGGGCUUAUCACCGUUCAAAAGUCAGCACUUUCCGCCCUCCUCUCUCGACUUUCAUUACCCCCUUCUACAUCCCUCCAUCCAACAUUACAAGCAUGUCUGACACAUCCUUCCUUUGUAACUUCUUCAACCGAUGCUUCAGGAUCGACUGCCGAAUCUGAAGAAAUACAGACCAACGAGGUUUUAUCAAGUUUAGGGAAUUCUUUACUAGGUUUAUUCGCAUCUGAGAAAUUGGCAGUACAAUAUCCUCUUUUACCCACUGAAGCUCUGAAGUUAGCCGUCACAGCAUUCGUCGGACCUCAUGCUUGUUUCUCCGUCGCAAGAGAACUAGGGUUGGGUGUGAAUGGAGAAGGACAUCCUACGGGUGGUGUGACCGUCAGAUGGGUAAGACCGCAAGAAGAAAUAGGGGAGAUGGAAAGGAAAGAUGUCGUUCCUCUGGCUUCGAGAUUCAAGAGGUUUGUGGGUAAUCAAGAGGGAGAGGGGAGAGUAGGGGCAAAGAAGAAGAGGGAAAGUUUUGAGGAUGUGGUGGCUGAUACAGUGAGGGCGUUUGUGGGGUUGAUAUAUCAAGAGAAGGGUAUACACUCCGCAAGAGAAUUCGUACAUGCUCAUUUCCUCUCUCGUCAUCUAGAUAUGACCACCGUAUUCACUUUCAAACAUCCUAAACAUAUGCUCGCGAGUGUCGUGGCGAAACAAUUUGCCGAUGCUGGUAUACCCCUAAAAGGCGGAAUGGCGAAGAUUGAGUCUAGAAUACUUGCAUCAACAGGUAUCAACUCCCAAGCUCCUCUAUUCAAUAUAGGUCUCUUUCUUCCCUCUGGUCUCAAACUCUCUGAAGGACAUGGCUCUUCCCUCCGUAUGGCUGAACAUCGCGCUGCCGUCAACGCUCUUUUAUCGUUCUUCCUCCUCCGAGGUGACGUCGGUCAUCGUUUUUCGGGAAUAAUGGAGGGUGUGAGACAAACGCAAAUAGGUGAGAUGGGGGAAGGACUUCCUAGCGGGGCUUUGGCUCAGUGGCCUGUCAAAGAUGGAGAGUUAGUGGGUGAUGAGAGGGAGUCAGAAUAUAGAGGUGUUUCAUGGGGUGGAGGAGAAGGUGUGGUAGACACUGGUAAGAAGGGUAUGAGGAGAUGA